AUGGCUAUCAAGGUAGACUUAGAAAAAGCCUAUGAUAGGGUGAAUUGGGAGUUUUUGAAAGAUACUCUUCUUCCAACAGGGCUGGCUACAUCAGUUGUGGAACUUAUUAUGGAAUGUGUCACAUCAGCUUCAAUGGAUAUAUUGUGGAAUGGAACCAGAACUGAAGAGUUCAAACCUUCGAGAUGGAUUAGACAAGGAGACCCUCAAUCUCCCUACUUAUUUGUUCUAUGCAUAGAGAGAUUGGGACAUUUGAUAAACAUUGUUGUAGAGAAUAAAGAGUGGCAUCCAAUGAAGCUAGGUAAGAAUGGACCUCCAUUAUCCCAUCUAUUCUUUGCAGAUGAUUUACUUAUAUUUGCUGAAGCUAGUGUUGAUCAAGCAAAUCUGGUGUCUAACAUUCUGGACCACUUCUGCAUGGCCUCAGGUCAAAAAAUCAUCUAUGAGAAAACAAGAUGUUUCUUCUCCAAGAAUGUGAGCCAUACAAGAAGAAGAGAACUGAGUCAGGCCCUGAAUUUUUCUGUAACUGCUGAUCUUGGCAAGUAUCUAGGGGUGCCUGUUUUACACAAGAAAGUCAGUAAGAGUACUUUCAAGUAUAUUCUUGAUAAGACAAAUAAUAGACUAAAUGCUUGGAAGGAAAAGUCCUUAUCUAUGGCUGGUAGGGUGGUUCUAGCGAAAUCAUUUUUGGCUGCUCUGCCUAAUUAUACUAUGCAGACUGCUCUGAUACCUGCAAGCACCUGUGAAGCUGUGGAGCGGAAGAUGAGGGGGUUUGUGUGGGGAUCUAGCCAGGAGAAGAGGGAAAUCCAUGCUACUUCUUGGAGUGUGGUGUGCAGGGAGAAGAAAGCUGGAGGGCUGGGAAUUAGGAAUUUGAGGAUGACUAAUAAAGCCAACUUGAUGAAAAUUGGUCAUCGGAUUCUUACUCCCAGAAAUGAAUUGUGGGUGCAGGUGAUCAAAAACAAAUAUAAAGUUGGGAAUGAUUUAAUUCCUAACAUUCAAAGGAAGGUUGUUUGCUCUAAUCUCUGGUUGGGGUUGAAUAGGGUUUGGCCCAUGAUUUGUGAUAGAUCAAGGAUUAUGGUGGGAAAUGGAAAAGGAACAUCGUUUUGGAAGGAUAAAUGGUUGAAAAUUGGACCCCUGGAAAAUCACAUUAUCCAAGAGAUCCCUUCAGCAAUUUCUGAUGCUGAUAUAGCUUAUAUGGUUUAUCCUAGAGGGGAAUGGAAAUGGCAGGUGUAA